AUGGGGUCCCUGAUGGCCGAUGGCGAUAAUGGAGAUGAUAAUAAUUCAAAUUGUGAGCCUGAAGCUACUGAUGCUGGUGAAGAUAAGGCUACUGAUGAAAGUGAAUAUAAGGCUACUGGGGCUGUUUCUGAGGCUACUGGUACCGAUGGUGAUCCUGAUGAAGCCACUGCCCCUCCUCCAGACAAGGCCACUGCCCCUCCUGCAGUAAGGAAGGGUGCUAAACAAAAUUUUGAUUCAAUUUGGUGUUCUCCCAGCAUGCCAAACACAAUUUCUUUCAUUGUUGCAUGUCCUGUCGAGGGAUGCCACGAUCCAGUUGUAGUUGGCAAGGGUAGGAAGCUCUGUUCAUUAAAGGGCAACGAUCUAUAUAACUUUGCAAGUCUACGUCACAAAAGACUACCAUCUGGUCUUGACAAAAAUGGGGGCGCGGAGCAACUUUUGCCAAGGGCACCUGAGAUCCUCCUUCAGAAGCUGAAACCGAGGCAGGUGGGGGUGAGGGAAAAAAAAGCUAGAUUGAGUAGAAAGGAACGGUAUGCGGUACCAAGCGACGACGAGGAGCCAAUGGGUUCCGAUACUGAAAUGGUGUUGUCACGUACGCUGCUUGCACAACCGUCAAAAGCUGGUUGGCUGGACCUUGUUUUGCUGCCAAGGUUUCCUACAUAUUGUCAAAAGAUGCGCAAGCACUACAAAACGCACCAUAUGGGUCAUAAGCUGCCAAGUGGUUGCGAGUCAGAAUCUCUAACGAGGAUGAGGAGCAACGUCGAAAUGUGGAAUACUAGUCAUUCUGACAGACAGAUUAAAAUCUCUGUCUUCCAGCAGAACUACAAGAAUGUUUGCUCUGAACAGCUGUUGGAUGAGAUGGCAUACUUUGUUUUGGAUGACUUGCAGAAGGACAAUUUGUGGCAGCGGAUUAUUGAAGACUAUGAUGAGAAAGCAAAUUGA